CCACGUCAAAUGACGGAAACGGGAGGCGGAUUUGGCUCGGGGGCGGAGGAGCUGUAGUGGAGCUGUAGUAAAGCCGACGUAGCCGGGAGUCUGUCGCUAAAAGGGAAACGAGCUGAGAGUGAAAUCAUUAGUCUGCAACUACACAUGAGGUAAGAAUAUUAUAAAUUUCACCCUGUGAACAUGGAGAUUGGUAAACUGGCUCAGAGGCUGGCUGAGGCUGGCCAGUCUCAUCUGCUGCAGUUCUGGGACCAGCUGAAUCCUGAGGAACAAGCAGAGCUGGCUCAAGAGCUCGAGGCUAUGAACUUCCAGGAGAUCAACACCUUCUUUAAGAAGGCCAUGGAGACCAGUGGGCAGACCAAGCAGGAGAAGGUGGACAGCAGGAUGGAGCCAGUGCCACGCGAGGUUCUGGGCAGCGUGACACGUGACCGCGAGUUUCUCAAAGAGUGGGAGGAAGAAGGUCUGCGAUGUAUAUCUCAGAAUAAAGUGGCAGUUCUGCUCCUGGCUGGAGGUCAGGGAACCAGACUGGGGGUCAUGUACCCUAAAGGCAUGUAUGAUGUCGGCCUGCCCUCGCACAAAACCCUGUUUCAGAUCCAGGCCGAGCGCAUCAUCCGACUGGAGCAGCUCGCAAAGCAGCAGUACGGCACCGAGUGCUGCAUCCCAUGGUACAUUAUGACGAGCGGAAGAACAAUGGAGUCCACUGAAAAGUUCUUUUCCAAACACAAGUACUUUGGCUUGAAGAAAGAGAACGUCAUAUUCUUUCAGCAAGGCAUGCUUCCUGCCAUGGACUUCAAUGGCAAGAUCAUACUCGAAGGCAAAGGCAAACUCUCCAUGGCACCAGACGGCAAUGGAGGACUUUACAGAGCGCUAGGAGUGUAUAAGAUUGUGGAGGACAUGGAGAGAAGAGGAAUCAGCUACAUCCACAUCUACUGCGUGGACAACAUCCUGGUGAAGGUGGCUGAUCCUGCUUUUGUUGGAUUUUGUGUGCGCAAGGGAGCGGACUGCGGUGCCAAGGUGGUGGAGAAAACCAAUCCGACGGAGGCAGUGGGCGUGGUCUGUAAGGUUGAUGGGCAGUACCAAGUAGUAGAGUACAGCGAAAUCACAAUUGUGACAGCUGAGAAGCGCAGCGUCGACGGUCGACUCAUGUUUAACGCAGGCAACGUGGCCAAUCAUUUCUUCACCCUGUCCUUCCUCAAAGACGUCGUCAAUACCCAUGAGCCUCAGCUACAGCAUCAUGUGGCUCGGAAGAAAAUCCCCUACGUGGACGCACGAGGUGAGCAGGUCAACCCCGAAAAACCCAACGGAAUCAAGAUGGAAAAAUUUGUGUUCGACAUCUUCCAGUUUGCCAAGAGGUUUGUGGUGUAUGAGGUGCUGAGAGAGGAUGAGUUUUCUCCACUGAAGAAUGCAGACAGUCAGGAUGGGAAAGACAAUCCCACAACUGCACGCCAUGCCCUCAUGUCCCUGCACCACCGCUGGAUUCUCAACGCAGGUGGUCAUUUCAUCGAUGAGAACGGAGCCCGCGUGCCUGCUAUACCCAGAGAUGGACCAGCAGGGGCACUCACACCUGAUGGCAGCCAGAAUCUGAAGGAUGGAACUGACCUACCAAUCAAAUGUGAGAUCUCUCCACUUGUGUCAUAUGGAGGAGAGGGACUGGAGAAACUAGUGCAGGGUAGAGAAUUCCACCCAGCACUGAUCAUCAACGAGACUGGAAUCCACGAGCAUGUGAAAAACGGACUGUGAGCUGCGAGCUCAACAUGUGAAAACCAACAUGGAAGCCGUUUUCCCCUCCUUCCUCUAUCUUCCUGUCAGGCUGGGAGAAAAUGUGACAUUCUAGUGCAAUAAGAUGAAGGAAUAAGGCCUUCAGGGGCCUCAUGUAAUCCAAAUCAAUUUAUUUAUUUUGCAAAACUUAUUUUUAUAUAAAUGCUUGUUUUGUCCUAGAAUAGGAACAUGCAUGGUAGUUAAUAAUUUAUAUGAAUAUGUUUACUAUCAGAAUGAAUGUAAUGUAAUAUGAUGUAAUCAGAAUGGUACAUGGGGUAAUGUGUAGGAUGAUCAGCACCAGGGCAUUUAUCCAGCCUUUGUUUGUACCUUGAAAUACAUAGACAUUUCUCAGGACACUGAGAAACUGAAUUUCAGUAGCAGAUGCUCUCUUUACACUGUACAUUCUACAACUUCUGCCUUUUUAAACUAUAACACUUUGCCCUCUGUAGCUCCACACACAUUCCACAGUAUACUUUUGUCCUUAGACAAUGAAGAACAGAUAGAAAUGAAUAUCAUUAAACAUUUUAUGAACACUUUAUUUGAUGAACAUGUUCAAGAACAAAUCAAACAGAACUGGGACAAAUCAAAUUUCUAAGAGAGAUACUGUAUCAAUGUGGUCAAUAUUUUCAAACAGAGUAAAAUAAAUUCUUUCUAAACUCUUUAUGAAAAGA